GAGUCAUUUUGAGAACAAGGAUUGUUUCAUUGUGUUUUUUCGCCUGCUUGAUAAGAACAUUAGUGGAUUUAAAUACGAUUAGACAAGUUACAGAUACAUAUGAAAAUACCGUUUAAAAUAAUUUAAGUGAAUUAUACAACAAUAAUAAAAUGGACGCUUAUCAACAAGAAACACAUUACUGGCCUUUACGUUGCUACCCGAGGCCGGAAUAUUUCCACACUCGCUUAAAGGAUAUUUUUCCGAGAUUCAAGAGAUUGAUAGGCGCAUUUCCAAAACGUUUUCAUGGUGUCACAUACAGACAGACAUUGGAUAGGUUACAGUCACUGGUUACCAUGUUCGAUUGUGACAUCAAGUUUACCCUACACGGAAAAGAGGUUCCACCUUACAAAGAGUUUCUUUACCACAACCCUGGAGCUGAUGAAAUUAACACAGAGGGUUGCAAGGCCGAUCACAAAUUACAACUGACCAAAGCAGCAACGUUGGAAAACUCCUCCCUAUCGGGUCAUGAAGUCAAAAUAUUUUUUGCUGACAUGAAGGACUUCAAUGAAAUUGUCCAUGAGCUGAAACAAGUUCCUGUACAAAAGGACAUGUCCAUAUUUUUGGCCUUUGAUUCAGAUUUAACUGAGAUCGAAAAGGAGAGUAUUAUGAGUCAACUAGAGAGUAUUGAAACAAAGGCGAAUGUAGUGCAGGUUUCUUUAAAAAGAAAAGAAUUGAUGUUUCAAAUAUCAAUGACUUUGGAAACAAUGCUUGUGACCGGCUUCAGUUUACUUCAAGAAUUUAUUUUGAACUUUAUUGGAAAAGCCCCAAUUACACGAGGUAUUGAUACAAUUGAGGAAUUGGUUGAGGAAAGUAACAUUACGGUUGUUUUGGCAACAUAUUUAUAUGAUGCCCAAUCUGUCAUUGAAAAGGAUAUAGACAAUGACUGUGACACGAAGGAUGAAUGUAAGAAGGAUAUAUUUCAAAAGACAUAUACUCGUUUUGCAAACUGUCUCCUUUUUCCAUUUCUGUCAGACAAACAUGGAGUAUCAGCUGAAACAGUCAGGCAUAUUGUAGAAGAAUUCGAUUACGAAAGUAAGUUUGUUGGCACUCUAACUGAAGAUUUGAGGAAAAGAGUCAUUGAUUGCACACACAUUGAUGGUUAUCCCCGUCACUUUAUGUCGGUACGAAAGUCUGUACAAAAAUUGACUAUGGAUAUCUUAAUCCAACAAGAAGGAAAUAUUCUCAAUUUACAAAAGAUAACAAAGACUGCGAUGUCUUUAUAUACUACUUUAGAAAAACUCUUGUUUGAAGUAGAAAGAUGCUUGGAGAGAACAAUCACAGGAGAAUUUAAUUUAACGACCAGAGUCCGAAGUAUUCCACCACAAUUGAAGAAAGAGCUACUAAGAAUCAAGCACGUGUUGAUGAUUGGAAACGUUUAUGAUAAAAUCGCUGUAUUUGUCGAUGUCGAAAGCACACAUGGUGAAAAAGCAACGGAUGUUGAAACGAGUGAGGCUAGAGUAGAUGAUCGGUUGAAUGAAAACAGGAAAGAGAUUGAUAAUCAAUCAUCCCGUGAAUCAAAAGAUCGUUCAGGGUUUUACCGAAAAUCUUCGGUAAGACAUAAUACACAGCAAGAAAUAAAGAACGUCUUGCAAAAGUAUGGAGUAACGUCAUCCAAUUCUUACGUCAUAGAAUAUGUUUCAAACAAGCUGCCUGAAUUUGCCAGACCACAUCAUCUCAAACAUGAAAUUGAAGCAAAAAAUCUUGCUUUAAAACCUGCCACAGACGUGCCAGGGUAUGGAACGGGCCAGCCAAUUCAGACUUGUGAUUUAGAAGAUCAAGAUACAUUUCGUGAAGGAACAUUAGGAUGUUUUUUAUCUUCAGACUCAACAUUAUAUGCCAUGACCUGUGCCCAUGUGCUUUUUAGAAAAGGACAUAUGCAGAAAAGUUCGGAAGCUUAUAUGUAUUCGUCUGAGAAUCCAAAUUAUUUGGUGUUUCUUGGGCACAAUUCCCCAUCUGAUGUAAUAUUUCAAUCACCUGAUGCGAUGUUGGUGGAUUGUGCCCUGUGUAAAGUUGAUACAUAUAUGAAACAUGAAGCCAUAAGGCAGCUUCGAGACACAACUAACAAAACAAAACCGUCUGAGUAUUACUCUGGCGAUAGAAAAGGUCUCGUGGGUGAGCACGUUUAUAAAUAUGGGGCAAAAACAGGUCUCACUUACGGAACAAUAGCGUCUAUAAACCUUAUACCAAAGUCAUGCUCCGGGGAAACAGAUAACGAUUAUCUGAUUUGGAUUGAUAGUGAGGCAGACACGAAUCUUUCUGAAGGUGGCUUGAUGGCAGUGCACGAAAUGGAAGGUGCCACAGCUGUCGUUGAAGAAACUUGUUUUGCACAGUAUGGUGAUAGUGGCGCCGUUGUUCUUAUGACGCAUAUUGAUAAGAAAACGUAUAUGAAGCAAAAUGAACAUAGCACUAAAAACCUUGUUGCAUUAUCUAUGGUGUCACACGGAGAUCUACAAAUGAUGGGCAAAACAAGUAAACUCGUUAUGACAUUUCAGUUAGACAAGGCCGUCUCUCUACUUGAAAAUAAAAUGAAUGCUCAAUUAAAACUGGAGUAAUAUGAACAUAAUUGGUUUGACUGAUCGAGUGACCAUGUGGAUACAGUUGAAACUCGCUAUAUCGAACUAUGUUAUCACGAUUUUCUGGUUAUGUCGAACUUUCUUCGGUUAAUGCACCAGUCAAUUGUAACCACGCCCCCCCCCCCCAGGUCCGAGGAAUAGCUGGGACUUUGACUUUUGGUCCAGCCAACCCCGGGUAAAAUCUCCCCCCUACGGUGACGAACUGAUGGUCAAAUCCCUGCCAAAUGCCCCCGCACCCCAGGGAGCCUAGGUAAGGCAAAUUCCCCGCUGUAUUUUGCGCGAAGACAAAACCACCGCAUUCACCCGGCACUGCGGGGCCACCUGAAAGGUAAAAACACGGCCCAAUUCCCCGGCUAUCCCCGGCAUACCCCCGGACCUGGGGGGCCGUGGUAACAAUUGACUGGUGCAUAAGUUGUACUCUUUCAGUACUCUUAGAUUUAUCGAAUGUUCGUUAUCUCAAAGUAUUUCCCGAGGUCUCAAUGACCUCGACAUAGCAAGUUUUGAAUGUAAUAAAAAUGCCGCUCAGAAUAUGUUGCAAAGUUAAUUGCACCAUAGGUGUUAUUUUUAGAAGAUUCUGAAAAAGUUACACUAAAACAAGGAACAACGUUCACAAACUAUUUUCACUGACCAUGGUAUUCUUUCUGUCGUCAGAUUUAAAUAAAAUACCAGGAUAAGUAGUUUUUUCUGGAAAAGCAUUUGACGAUGACUGCAAGUAUGUGUGAUGGGAAAACUGUAAUUGUAUUGGUUCAUUCUAGGGUGUGUCACAUCACAAUGGACAAUGUUAGGUUCAAAGUUUAUUAAAAUGGUUGAAAAGGUCUUAUAUAUGGGUGUCUUUCACAAAAAGAAUCUUUGGAUUUGUUUAAGACAUAAACCAACAUUUCAAAUGUGACAAGCAUCACCAAAUACGCAAAUCGACAAGAAAAUG